ACUGGCCAGACCUGGGCUGUCUUGCUGGCUGCCUUCCUUACUGGGCUCUAACUUAUCUCCUAUGUACACAGCCCUUGGAGUUCAGAGGCCUCUGCUGACUUCUGCGCAACCUCUGGCUCUUGGCAUCCAAGCCCCCUCUGGUACAUACAGUCACACAGGCAGCUAGGACUAGAGGAAAAGCAAGAGUGGGCUGGAGACAGACUGUGAAAGGCUCAGAAACCCAUUGCAUCCUCAGCCCAGUCCUUUUCACCUGCUGCUGUGGCUACAGCAACAGGAAAGACAGCUCGGAAGACAGGAAGUGAGACCCGGUACUGUAUAGGAAGGAGUGUCAUCAACCUCAACUCCUAAAAUGUCUCAAGAGAUGGGAGAGCUCACACAAACCAGGCUGCAGAAGAUCUGGAUUCCACACAGCAGUGGCAACAGCGGUCUGCAACGGCGAAGGGGCUCAUCCAUACCCCAGUUUACCAAUUCCCCCACAAUGGUGAUUAUGGUGGGUUUACCUGCUCGAGGCAAGACCUACAUCUCCACAAAGCUCACAAGAUAUCUCAACUGGAUAGGAACACCAACUAAAGUGUUUAAUUUAGGCCAGUACCGACGAGAGGCGGUGAGCUACAAGAACUAUGAAUUCUUUCUCCCAGACAACAUGGAGGCCCUACUUAUCAGGAAGCAGUGUGCUCUGGCAGCCCUGAAGGAUGUCCAUGACUAUCUCAGCCAUGAGGAAGGUCAUGUUGCGGUUUUUGAUGCCACCAAUACUACCAGAGAACGACGGUCACUGAUUCUUCAGUUUGCUAAAGAGCAUGGUUAUAAGGUCUUCUUCAUUGAGUCCAUUUGCAAUGACCCUGACAUCAUUGCAGAAAAUAUCAAGCAAGUGAAACUUGGAAGCCCUGAUUACAUAGACUGUGACCGAGAAAAGGUUCUAGAAGACUUUCUAAAGAGAAUUGAAUGCUAUGAAGUCAACUACCAACCCUUGGAUGAUGAGUUGGACAGCCAUCUGUCCUACAUCAAGAUCUUCGAUGUGGGCACACGCUAUAUGGUGAACCGAGUGCAAGACCAUAUCCAGAGCCGCACAGUCUACUACCUCAUGAACAUCCAUGUCACGCCACGCUCCAUCUACCUAUGCCGGCAUGGUGAGAGUGAACUCAACCUCAAAGGCCGCAUCGGAGGUGACUCAGGCCUCUCAGCUCGGGGAAAGCAGUAUGCCUAUGCCCUGGCCAACUUCAUUCGGUCCCAGGGUAUCAGCUCCCUGAAGGUGUGGACAAGUCACAUGAAAAGAACUAUUCAAACAGCUGAGGCCCUUGGUGUCUCCUAUGAGCAGUGGAAGGCCCUGAAUGAGAUUGAUGCGGGUGUCUGUGAGGAAAUGACCUAUGAAGAAAUCCAGGAACACUACCCUGAAGAAUUUGCACUACGGGAUCAAGAUAAAUAUCGUUACCGCUAUCCCAAGGGCGAGUCCUAUGAAGAUCUGGUUCAGCGUCUGGAACCAGUUAUAAUGGAGUUAGAACGACAGGAGAAUGUACUAGUGAUCUGCCACCAGGCUGUCAUGCGAUGCCUCCUGGCAUACUUCCUGGAUAAAAGUUCAGAGGAGCUGCCCUAUCUCAAGUGCCCUCUGCACACAGUGCUUAAACUCACUCCUGUGGCUUAUGGCUGCAAAGUGGAGUCCAUCUACCUGAAUGUAGAGGCUGUGAACACACACCGGGAGAAGCCUGAGAAUGUGGACAUCACCCGGGAACCUGAGGAAGCUCUGGACACUGUCCCUGCCCAUUACUGACCUCUUUCCAAGCGUCAGAAUACCUGCCCUCACCGUCUUCCUCCUUUAUGAGCUUUUUAAUCUUUUAUCCUACCCUAAAAAGAUGCUGGCCUUUGCCUUACUGGGAGAGCGUUACCUCUAGUUAAGAAAUCCUUAGCAACUCCAAGGCAGGUCUCAAUUUUUAACCACAAAUUGGAAGUUGCAUAGCUCUGGAUGAAACACUUUCUUAAUUAUUCUCUGAUCAGAAGACUUCUCUUACUGUUUAUACAAGGACAGGAAAAAGUCACAUUUAGGUUUAUCUCAUUGUUUUCAAGAUUCUGAUUCUGAUCUUGGCCUAGCUUUGGUGCUACAGAUGUGGAAUGGGAGAGAGCUUUCCAGAGAAGUGAGUAGCACUUCAAAAGAUGAGGGAGAAGAUUGCUUGACAGUCAAAGUGAAUGAGGGCAGGACGCCUGCAUCCUUAUACUUAGACAAUCUGACACCUAUACCAAGUUCUCUUUUGCAACUGUUAUUGCUGUCUUGAUUUCACUUUCCAUUUGAAUGACCCAACCAAAAACCUGGCCUCCCAGUCCCCUAACCUCAAUUAUAUAAUCAUUUUCCUAUUUUUUACAGAUCUUGGCAUCAUGUUUCUGGCCUGACUUUGAACACAAACAUCUCACGCUUAACCAAAAGUUUUUUACAAAGGUACUCAUGCAUGUAGUAUUUCUUUAAUGAACAGUAUUUCUUCUUUUACAAUAUCAGGAGUAUAGUUGUUCAGACUUCUGCAUUAUCUCCCAAUCCAUCUUCUGCUUCCUCAGUGUUCCUCCAUCCUUAAUCACUUUGGAUACUAUGGUGUACCUCUUCAGUCAUUCUCCAUUUGCCAACUAUAGGUCAGGUCAGGUACCAGUGACCCAGUGAUAAAAAUACUCACAGGGUUGCUGUGGUUGUUUUGUCCUUUCUUCAUAGCCACCCACCAAGAUCCAAACCUUAGGGGGCUUGUGGGUUAGCUCACUUGUUUAAGCACCUGCUUGGGCCACCCCAGUGAGGUGUAGG